GGGUGCUAUGGUUAUGUAGGUAAGCUAACGAACUCUUAUAGAAAGAGAAUACCAAUUUAGCAAAAGAUGAGUUCUGAAAUAUUUGAGGUCGACGAUGCUAGACCACUUUUUGCUCGCAAAAUCUCUCUUAUUCGCCUAACUGAAUACCAAGCGAGGCUUAUAUGCGAGGGGAUUGGCACGUUUAUUUUUCUUAUGACCAUCGUUUUGGCUGAAAUGAAUUGCGGCGUUUCUGCAAUUGACAACAUCUAUCAUAAUCAUAACUUGGCCCCGAUCGCUGAGGGUUUGAUUAUAAGUGGGCUUAUAUUCACUUUUGGCUAUAUAUCGGGCGGACACUUCAAUCCCGCUGUGACGUCUUCCGCUCUAAUAUUGGGUGAGAUGCGUAUCGACGAGACCUUAGCCUUCUGGAGUGCGCAGGUUAUUGGGGCCAUUCUCGGUGCAAGUUGUGGUGUUUUUAUUAGUGGUAAAACGCAUCCUUUGCCUGCUCCACAGAUUUAUUACAAUGCGCCUGAGUAUGUAUUGGUAACCCUGAUUUUUGAGGGUGUUUUUACUUGUUUUCUAGUUUCAGUUCUACUAAACAUCGUGCAUUCGAAAAAUAGCAAUGAACAUUAUUAUGGCUUGACUGUUGGGAUAUGCCUGAUGGCGCUGUAUUAUGCUGUGGGUGGGGUAUCAAAAGGCGCCUUCAACCCUGCGGUUGCGACUGCGCUUCAACUUACUAAGUUCGUUAUGGCAGGCUAUGCCUCACCACUGAUGUUUCUGUGGAUCUACUGGAUGGGACCAGUUUUAGGUGCCGUAUUGGCGACAAUUUUGUUUAAGAUAACCCAUCCAGUUCCAACAAAGAGUGAGGAAUCUAAACCGGAAGAGAAAACUGCCAGAAACUUGUAUAGUUGAAGAAUACUUCCAUCCCUUAUCGAUAAAGGAGAAAAAAAAAAGGAAUCCAUACAUCUCUUUAGAUGUGAUCAGUUUUUCUGCGUCACAACAACUUAACCAUA